AUGGAGUCAGCACCCAUUCUUUCCACACCGGAUACCCAUCUGUUAGAUGCUACAGAGCCUGUGGCACAACCGCAAAAUUCAAGCCCCUCCCGUUCCGACGAAGAGCUUUCCAUCAUUUAUGACAUCGAGCGGACGUUGACUGAGAUUCGGCAAAGCCGGUGGAAACGAAUCGCCCUUCAAUUUCCGGAUGAUAUGCUCCCAGAUGCUCCACGGGUAUUUCAGCUUUUGACUCGGGGACUGCAGACAAAAGACACGAGAUCUGGGAGUAGUAGUGGAAGCACGGAAGCUACAAAUGGAGAUUCGAAUACAAGAGAGUCUAAUGGCAGCCUUUCUGACAAGGCAUCUCAGUUAACUCUGGAGGAAAAUAGUCCGAAGGACGAGCGGCAGCCGAGGUUCUAUAUUCUCGCUGAUACCUCGUACGGUACAUGCUGUGUAGAUGAGGUUGCUGCAGAGCAUGUCGACGCGGAGGUUGUUGUACACUAUGGACGAGCUUGUUUGUCUCCGACGUCAAGGUUACCUGUGAUCUAUGUCUUUACACAUCGACCUCUACCGCUUGAGCCUCUUGUGAAAGCAUUCAAACACACUUAUACCGACCUCAGGGCGAAAAUUAUCAUCGCAGCCGACGUGACAUACACAGAUCAUACCCAAGAGGUUUAUAAUCGACUUGUGCAAGAAGGCUAUACAAACCUCUUCGCAACCGAUGUCGUGCACAACCCUUCAUCUGCCAUUCCGAAUCGUACGGUGCCAGAAUCCGUCAAAGAAAAUCCCGACUCUUUAAGUGAAUGGGAGUUAUUCCACAUCUCCGAUCCGCCUACCGCGCUGCUGCUUACUCUCUCGUCGAAAGUUGCGACCAUACAUAUAUACCCUACAGAUAAUGUUGAGUCAGGACAGGAUGUAAAGCCCCUCCCAGCGUCUACCGCAGCAGCUUUACGUCGGCGGUACGGUGUUUUGGUUUCAUUGAGCACUGCGCCUAUUUUUGGUAUUCUAGUCAACACGUUGAGUGUCAAGAAUUACCUUCAUAUUGUAGACCACGUGAGGAAGCAGAUCGCCGCUGCAGGUAAGAAGAGUUACAUGUUUGUCGUUGGCAAGCUCAAUGCUGCAAAGGUUGCCAACUUCAGCGAAAUUGAUGGUUGGGUUGUCAUUGGAUGCUGGGAAAGUUCCUUGGUGGACAGUAAGGAAUUCUGGAAGCCGGUGAUAACCCCCUACGAGCUUGAGCUCGCCCUGCAAAGUGACGAUACUCGGGUAUGGAGUGGAGCGUGGAGAAGCGAUUAUCAGUCUGUUCUUGAUACUUCUUCCGCGGCUUCUCCUGGUCCGACAGCUGAAGUGCACGAAGACGCAAUGGCCGUCGAGAGCGAAACUCAAAUUGGAGACAUUGAUGAGCAAUCGGACUUGGAAUCCGCGCCCCCAGAGUUCAAUUUAAAGACUGGCCAGUUUGUCACCAACUCGCGCCCCAUGCAAAGUCUAAGCAAUGGCAACCAUGCCCGUCCAGGAGCCAACAGCACAGCAGUGGCAAAAAGGGCAAAAGGCGACCUAGCUAUGAUUGGUAGCACAGUCUCUCCCGGCGCGGAGUUCUUACGUUCUCAAAGGACAUGGAAGGGACUUGGAAGUGAUUUCGAGAUCAAGUAUGAAGAAGACGAGGAGGCUGGCGGUUCGGCCGUCGUGGAAGGGCGCAGGGGCAUUGCAAGGGGUUACGCUGUUGGCGGUUCUUCCGAUCGUCACUGA